UCAGUUUACAGACUGAGCUUCACAGAGAACUGAGAGGAUGUUGCUGUGGGCCGUGGUUAUCCUGGAUUUGGGGACUUUGUCCAUGUCCCUACCUCAGAUCAGUGACAAGAACUUCACUGCAGAAUGUGUGAGGGAGCACAACGAAGCCCGCUCAGCUGUCAGCCCAUCUUCGAGCAACAUGCUUUACAUGUCAUGGGACGAAGCGUUGGCCGUUACUGCCAGAGCAUGGGCCAAACACUGCCAAUUUAAGCACAACAUCUACCUGAAGGAGGUCCAGCGUGUGCACCCUACCUAUCAUUCUGUAGGAGAAAACAUAUGGGUGGGGACCCCGCCGUCGCACUUCAGCGUAAAGGGAGCCUUGAAAAGUUGGGUGGAUGAAAAGCAGUUUUACAGCUACGAGGCAAACAGCUGCAAAGGCAUGUGUGGUCAUUACACACAGGUUGUGUGGGCAAACAGCUACAAGGUUGGCUGCGCUGUCCAGCUCUGCCCAAAUGGCAUUAAACACUUCGAUGGCCGUGAGGGUGCAAUUUUCGUAUGCAACUACGCCCCAAGCGGUAAUUGGUUUGGAAAAAAGCCUUAUGCUGAGGGGAAUUCCUGCUCUGAAUGCAAAGACAUUUGUGAGCGCGGUCUCUGCCGGAGUGGAGAACGAGACAAACUAAGAAGCUACAGCUGGACUCCGGACUGGGACCCCGACAACUUUAGCAAAAAUUAUAAAGUUAUCCUGAUUGUCCGGCCCAUUUUCCUCAUCCUGAUAUGCAUUUCUGCAUACGCUGUCCGUUAUUUUUACCCUGAUGUCUUCUGCUACGAGUAGACCUUUUGUUGUUAAAGUAGAACCAGACGGACACCUCAUUUAUUUUAGUAUUUUAUUCUUAAAAUAGUUGCAUUUGUUCUUGAAUUGAGGAGGUCAGUGAGACACUUUGCCAAUUGAACAACAUCAUUUACAUAUGAAAUAAGAACAAAUAAUUGCAUUGUCUUAUUUCAAGUGCAUUUUAUCUAAUUAUCUUAUUUUAAGAGUAAAAAUACUCAUUCUGUUUGCAAAUUACCUUAUUUACCUACUCAAAUUUAAGGGUAAAUACACUUCAGAAAUGUUGACUUAUUUCUAGAUCAUUUUUGCAGUGUACCACUGUAUUCAACAUUUCUUCCCACAAAAAUGAACAGAUUUUUAACAUCAAAGAGAAGCUGAUUUCAAACUGCAGAACACCAUGGAAUCUGCUGUAAUAUACUUUUCUUAAAGUCUUGUAAUGGACAUGAAUAAACAAAAAUAUCCCCCUAAAGAAAAACAAUGGGUAAAAUCCACCAAGCCAAGUAAAACUGGACAAUAACAGGUUAAAAAAAGACACUUGAGUGACUGGAGCAUUUCAAUUGAAAAGCAUUUUACAAGUACAGGAGUGUUUGUCGUUUUACUGGAUCUAUUUAACGUGUUCCAUAUUUUUGACUCUUUACAAAGUCUAAAUCAAGCCCUUUAAUUCCAAAUGCUAGUUUUUUAUUUAUUAAUUUCUGCAUUUUUCUUUUUAGUCAUUCUUCUGUUUUAAUCAUGAUGCUCCUCUCUGAUUUGAUAUAUUCUGUAAAGCCCUUCCUGUGUGGAUGAGUUACGUCCUUUUUCAUUGUAUAGUAAUGUGAUGGAAAGUACAUUUAUUUGUUUGUACUUCUUUUUUUUUUUUUUUAAGGUAGUUCCCAACUUUAAUUUGUACUUUUACCAGAGUAGUUUUUAAGAAUGUUUCUCAGUUAAAUUCAACAAACAUUUGUUACCGAGUGAAAAUGAAAACAGGUAAAAUAAAGAGGAAAAGCAGGGAUAGUAAUCAGCCCGUAGGGGGCGCUGACACAAACCCGAACUAUAGUUAAACUGGAUCUAUCAGUUAUUAUACAGAAUUAACUGCCUACCUUUAACAACUCAACAUAGAACCUGUAAGCAUGUGGAGGUUAUGAAAAAAUAAAAGGUUUGAGUUUAGUUAGAAACUUUUUUUUGGACGGUGGUGGUUGAAGGGCCUUUUUUUGUCUUAAGCAACCGCACGUCAUGUGAAGCUUAAAUAAGCAUCGUUAGCUUUAACCUGGUAAAAAUGUGUUACUGCAGGUCUUUAAAAGGUGGAGAGUAUUUAGUUUAGGCCUCAGACUAUGACCAUGUAAACUUACCGAAUAGGUUUGCAAAAGUAAAACUCAAUGUUUCCUGAGCAAAUGAUCAGAUUCAUCCCUUUAUAAAAACACACAGUACCUCCCA